AUGCCUAGUACUAGUGAAUAUGUGCCGGUUAAUUUAGAAGAACCUAGAAUGGUAGUUGAAUCUAGUGAUACAAUGCAAAUGGUAAACGAUGCAUUUCGUGAAAACAUCUCUUCGUUUAUAGAAGACGGAGAGAGAGUUGAGGAACCAAAUUUAGAAGCAAGGAGAUUUUUUGAUAUGUUGGAUGCAGCUAAGCAUCCAAUAUAUGAGGGUUGUAAAAAAGAUCAUUCUCCUUUAUCGGCUGCAACUAGGAUGAUGACCAUAAAAUCAGAUUUUAAUUUGGCAGAAGAUUGUGUAGAUGCAAUUGCUGAUUUUGUGAAAGAUUAUCUUCCCGAAGAUAAUAUGUGUCCAGCUUCUUACGACGAGGUCGAUAAACUUGUUUCGGGUCUAGGUUUGCCAUUUCAAAUGAUAGACGUUUGCAUCGACAACUGUAUGAUUUACUGGAAAGUCGAUGCGAACUACUUAGCAUGUAAAUUUUGUGGUAAACCCCGAUUUAAGGUCACUAGUGGAAGAGCUAAGGUUCCAUAUAAACGUAUGUGGUAUUUGCCAUUAGCUGAUAGGCUUAAAAGGUUAUAUCAAUCGGAACGCACAGCAAGUGCUAUGAGAUGGCAUAAAGAGCACUCAAGUGAAGGAGAAAUUGUGCAUCCCUCAGAUGCAAAAGCAUGGAAGCACUUUCAAUCAGUUUAUGAGGAAUUUGCAUCAGAGAGCAGAAACGUCUACCUUGGAUUAUGUACUGAUGGUUUUAACCCAUUUGGAAAACAUGGAAGGCAAUAUUCAUUAUGGCCAGUAAUUGUCACACCUUACAAUUUGCCCCCCUCUUUGUGCAUGAAACGAGAGUUUCUAUUUCUCACCAUACUUGUUCCUGGUCCAGAACAUCCCAAACGAUCUCUAGAUGUGUUCUUACAGCCGCUGAUUUAUGAGUUGCAAGAGUUAUGGGCAAAUGGUGUCGAAACAUUUGACAUUUCAUGCAGACAGAACUUCAAGAUGCAUGCAGUGCUUAUGUGGACUAUCAGUGAUUUUCCUGCAUAUGGAAUGUUGUCUGGAUGGACAACACAUGGAAGGUUAUCGUGUCCACAUUGCCAGGAUAGUACUGAUGCAUUUCAGUUGAAACAUGGAAGAAAGACGUGUUGGUUUGAUUGUCAUAGAAGAUUUCUACCAAGUUCACAUCCUUAUCGCCGAAGCCAGACAUUGUUUACAAAGGGAAAAGUUGUUCAUGAUCCACCACCACCAGAGUUAGAUGGUAACUAUUUAUUGAGGCAGAUUGGAGAUUUUGGGGCAGAUACGACGGCUGAAUGCGGUGGAAAUGGGCAUGGCCCAGUCGAUGGUUAUGGCGAGUAUCAUAACUGGCAUAAAAAGAGUAUUUUUUGGGAUUUGCCGUAUUGGAAAGACCAUUUACUACGGCAUAAUCUAGACGUCAUGCACAUUGAAAAGAAUUUUUUCGAUAACAUUAUGAACACAGUUUUAAAUGUCCAAGGGAAGACAAAAGACAACUUAAAGUCCAGACUAGACUUGCCUGGUAUAUGUGCACGAGAGGAGCUACAUAUUAUGGCCAACGGAAAAGGUCCUACUCCCAAGUUUAGAUUGAGUCCAGCUGCAAAGGAAGUGUUUAUUCAGUGGCUAUUAAGUAGCGUUAAAUUCCCUGAUGGAUAUGCUUCUAAUCUAAGGAAUUGUGUUGAUAGUCAAGAAGAACGGUUAUCUGGGAUGAAAAGUCAUGAUUGCCAUGUUUUCAUGCAACGCUUACUUCCAUUUGCAUUUGCGGGACUCCUACCAAAAGAUGUUCAUGAAGCUAUUGCUGGGAUAAGUGCUUUUUUCCGAGAUCUUUGCACAAGAUCACUCACAUUUGAUGGAAUUCGACAAUUGGAGUCGAACAUACCAAUUAUUCUUUGCAAUCUUGAAAAGAUUUUUCCACCAUCUUUUUUUGAUGUAAUGGAACAUCUAGCAAUUCACCUUCCUAGAGAAGCAGAACUUGGUGGUCCAGUUCAAUACAGGUGGAUGUAUCCCUUCGAGCGGUUUAUGUUUCACUUGAAGAAAAAGGUCAAAAAUUUAAGUAGAGUUGAGGGUUCUAUUGUCGCUCAGACAAUUAAAGAAGAAACAUCAAACUUCUCUGCUUACUACUUUGCCCCACAUAUUCAAACAAAGAGUAGAAAACCGGGCCGUAAUGACGAUGGAGGAGAAAAGCCCCAUUACAUAUCCGAUGUUCCAGAUAUCUUUGCACAAGUAGGACGACUAAGUGGAAAACGCAAAAAACGCUGGUUAACAGAUGAAGAGAUUAGACACUUACAUAUGUAUAUUCUUCUCAACUGUGACGAACUACUGCAAUACGAAAGGAUCUAUGAUGCUCAACUAAGGGAGGCCUACCCGUACCACUCUGAAAAUCAAAUUUUAGCGAUAAAACAUAUGGAAUAUGCAAACUGGUUGAAAUUCUAUGUGGGCAUGUGUUUGACUAGGGGUGAAAAAAUAGACAAUUGGUUCGAGGAGUUAGUGGGUGGUCCUUUGUCACUAGCAGUGAGCUCACCAGCAUAUUUCACACGUGGUUAUGCUUUUAAGGUGUCCCGUGAAGGAAAUACUACACCAACGGUGAACUCUGGAAUAUUUGUGCAAGCUGGAGAUACAACAUAUUAUGGUCUUCUCAAAGAAAUCUUAGAAGUUGAAUAUCCAGGAAUCAUAAAUUUAAAAUGCAUAUUGUUCCUAUGCGAUUGGUACAACCCACAGCUUGGAAGUGGUGUAAGGCAUACUGAAUUUGGUGUGAUUGAGGUUAAUUCAUCAAAGAGACUCAACAAAUAUGAUCCUUUCAUCCUUGCAUCACAAGCGGAUCAAGUGUGCUAUAUUUGUUACCCUCGCAUUAAGCACAAAAAAGAUCCAUGGGUAACAGUCACACAUAUUAUUCCGAGGGGUAGAGUGUGCGGAAUGUCUGAGAAGGACCCAUUGCAGCAAACCUCAGUUGGUUUUGUAGGUUCGAUUGAUCAUUCGGUGGAACCAAUACCUUUGACUGAUUUUGAAGAAGCAACAUUGGAAAAUAUAUUGGAGAUUUCCGAAGAGGAGCUUAGUGAAUUUGAAGAAUGCACUGAUUCAGCAUCCUCAGAAUAUUCUGAUUCUGAAUAA